AUGGGGUUGUUCCAAAAGUUUUUCAGUCGCACCCGGACCUCACGAUGGUUAAAACGCGAGACGGAGAGCGAAAGGCGCGCGCGCGCGGGCGAGAGUUCAAACGCCUCGGCGGACAAGGCGCUCGGCGUCGCGGUGAGUAAUGUCACGAAUGAGCAUCACACGUUCAUUCGGAUAGAGUGUAGAGAUCGAGUGGGGUUGUUGUGCGACGUCGCGACGCACCUCACGCGCAGUGGGGUGAACGUGGUGCAGGCGGACGUGAUGCGGGACAGUCGAAAGGCGCUGUACACGCUGUACGUGUGCGAGGAGGAUUCGAGGUGUAAACUGAGCGAAUCAGCGAGUGAACAGCUGCGAAACGAGCUGGAGGAGUUGGUGAAUAGACCGGGCGGGCCGAUUGCGGCCACGGAGCUGCGAGCGGAUACCGAGGAUUUGUUGUACGAGCCGCAGGUGGCCGAGGAAGACCGCGACGAGGAGUUCGUGUCAAAGGAGCGAAGCGUGCAUGGCGUAAUCUUCGACGACAAGGACGUUGCGAACGCGACGGAGAUUAAAAUGCAAGUUCUCGACAGACCGGGCUUAAUGGCUGAUUUUUGCGCUGCAUGCGUAUCCAGGGGCGUGAGCGUGCUUCGAGGAAAUUUGUUCACUGUAGGCGAUACCGUGGAGAAUUGUUUCCUCCUUUUGGACAUGGAACACCACGGUAAGGUGGCCGACAAAGACGUGGCGUACAUCAAGUCAGUGCUCUUAUUGCGACGACAUCGUCGAGCGAUCUCGCAGCGAAUGUCCAUCAAUCGACACGCGGAUUUCAUUCCCACCGAGCAAGCUUUGCCGGGCGUUCGGGAGGAUCAGUCGGGAAGUCAGAACACGCAGUACAUCGACUUUGACACGCCCGUGCAGUCAUGGGAGAUCGAGAUAUUUGCCUCGGCGCUUCGCGUGAUCCCGGCGGUGCGACACGCCGGUUUGGCUGGCUUACUCGUCGAGGCGCUGAGCAAUGCGGCGACCCGCCUCGUGUUUCCGGCUGGCGUGACUAUCUUACAGCAAGGCGAGGGAGCGGAUACGUUUUACUUGGUCAUCGACGGUAAGAUUGAAGUCAUGCCUGAGGGGACGUUCCUUAAAUCGGCUGAUACGUGGGGAGAAGAGGUGCUCAUCGAGAGCACGCCGUCACCGUCCAAGCUCGUUGCCGUCGAGGACUCUGUACUGCUGGGAAUCACUCGAAAAACGUUUGCAACGGUUAUUCAAAACGUCAUGUCAAACGCUCGAAAGUCGGCGUAUGAAGCCGUGUUUCAGUGUCCUGUGUUCAAACCUUUCGAACACGCAAGUUUGGAGGCUCUCAGUGAGCUCCUCGUGCAGCGAGGUCGACGCGCUUACCGGGCGGGAGAGGUCAUUUAUCGGGAUGGUAUGCAGGCGAAAAUGUUCAUGGUGAUGGAUGGCGAGGUCGAAUGUACGAUCAAAGGGGACGACUCGAUGGAGACGCGAAAGAUCGUAGGCGGUGGGUAUUUUGGAGACGAGAUUUUGGCCGGAGAUACGACGAUAAAAGGCGUGUACAUCGCACUCACGGAUGUUGUUCUUUUGACGUGCACUCAAACUUCUGUCUUGCAAGUCAUCGGCGUCGAUUCGGUCACGCCGGAGCGUACAGAGGAUGGUACGCCGGAGAAAGCGUCUGCCGGCGUUAACAUUCCCCACGCCGACGGCCGGCAGCGAGGAUCAAACAACGCCCUUGUCGGGCUCAUGGCCACCAAGUCGAGCGCGCCCAACCUCUCGCUUUUCACCGAGGCGUCUCCGCCGUCACCCUCGCGUGCGAGCGCUUCACCCUCGAGAGUUUUCAGCACCUCGAGGCUCACCAAACCCUUCUCGAGUUUUGCGCGCACGAAAAAGUCCGUCGCGUCGACGGGGCACCUCCCGGUUCUGGUCGAGGAAAAGGCAAUUAUCGACUCUCCGCCCGCUACGGCGUCGAAGAAGUCCUCCGCGCUCAGCGGCUCGUUGCGAUCGCACAGUCCCCAGCUCACGGAACUUCAGAGCGCAAAGAAUCUUAACGAAUUCGAGGUUACGGACGUCCUCGGCCAAGGCAUGGUUGGUCUCGUGUUACGGGCCAAACACAAGGGAUCUGGUAAGAUUUGUGCCAUCAAAACCAUGCCAAAGGCGCAAAUUAUUGAGAACGGCGAGGAGGAGCACUGCGUGGCGGAGAAACGCGCAUUGGAGGAACUUCGACACGCACCCUUCGUAUGCAACUACUACACGUCGUUCCAAGAUCCAUGGGCUCUGUACCUGGUCGUCGAAGACUGCGUCGGAGACAUGUUCGAUCUGUUCAAUCAGAGUGGCCUGCCAGGGAUCGGGCAAAUCAAGGUGUACACGGCGCAAGUGUUGCUCGGACUCGAGUUCAUUCACAACGCCGGCUACGUCUAUCGCGACAUGAAACCUGAGAAUUUGCUCUUGCGCUCGGACGGCUCAAUCACGAUCGGCGACUUUGGAUUUGCGAAGAAGCUCGCCAAGGGGGAGCGCGCGUACACGAUCUGCGGGACGCCAGAUUACCUCGCCCCUGAGCUCAUUUUGCACCAAGGGUGCACGAGAGCAGCGGACAUUUGGGCGUUUGGCAUUCUGGUGUUUGAAAUGAUCGCAGGAUUCCCCCCGUUCAGAGAUCGCCAACGGCGCGAGCUGUACAAGCGCAUCGUUCAUGCCGAUUUCGCCGCGGUUCCGGUGCCGCGUCGCAUGGAUAACGACGUGCACGAUAUGUUGACGCAGAUUUUCGUUCGCGACGAGUCGUUGCGUCUGGGCAUUCGCGCCCCAGGUAUCGGCGCCAUCAAGGGACAUCCGUGGUACGAAACCAUCGAUUGGGACGCCGUUAUCAGUGGUAAGCUUCGACCCUUACACUUUCUUCCGCAACAACAGCCGCGCGCGGAACUGUCGUCCAUCAGAGACGCCAAGACGGGAAAGUUUAACUGGAUGUGCGAUUUACCUCCGAUGGUGAACGAUGAUAAGUUUACCGGUUUCGAUGAGUAG